UCGCCUCAGAGAGUCGUCUGUUUACGUCAUCUUGAGGCGCCUGCGCGCUUCGGUCACUUCCUCUCUGUCCUAAGAGCGUGGUAAAGAUGGCGGAGCCAAACUCUGUCCCGAGUGAUCUCUAUAAAUGCGUUUAUUCGUUCCUGCUGGAGAACAAGUUCACCAAGGCGGCUCAGCAGUUCCUCAAGCAGACUAAAGUUAUUCCACAAGAUCAAAAUGAAGAAAGUCUGGUCAACAUCUACAACUUCUGGGUGAAGUCUCCUGAGGCCAGGAAACGGAAAGCAGCUCCAGCAUCUGUUAAUGGACCAUCAGCCAAGAAGGCCAGGCCCACCGCAGAAAGCUCCAGCAGUGAGGACUCAAGUGACUCUGAAGAGGAGAAGAAGGCUCCUGCAAAGACUGCGGUUAAGGCUGCGCCUGCUGCUGCAGCGGCUAGCAGCACGAGGAAGAAGGACAGCAGCUCUAGCAGCGAAGAGUCGGACUCUGAAGAUGAGCAACCUGCCAAAGCUCCUGCAGCGAAAGUCGUUGCAGCAGCUAAAGCAGCUGCUCCUGCUCAGAAGAAGCAGGAGAGCAGCAGUGAAGACAGCUCCUCUGAGUCUGAGGAUGAACCACCAGCAAAGGCUCCUGCUAAAGCUGCUCCAGUAAACAAAGCUGCAGCUAAAGCUGCUCCAGUAAACAAAGCUGCAGCUCCUGCUGAGUCCAGCAGUGAAGACUCUUCAUCUGAAGACGAAACUCCACCAAGCAAAAAACCCAAACCAGGACCGUACAGCGCUGUCCCUCCUCCUGCCUCCAUCCAGAAGGCUUCUGCUGCAGCUGCUGCUAGCAAAGCCAAGGCCAGUGAGUCCUCAGAGAGCAGCGAUGACAGCAGUGAUGAAGAGGAGGAGAAAAAGAAGAAGGUGGCUGUAAAACCUGCUCCUGUGAAGAAAACCACCACAAAACCUGCAGCGACCAAACCUCCAGCAAAGAAGCAAGAGUCCAGUUCAGAGAGCUCCGAUUCAAGCUCAGAUGAAGAAGAAGCCAAGAAGCCUGCGGCUAAAGCAACGCCGGCUAAAGCAACGCCGGCUAAAGCAAAGGCGGCUAAAGCAAAGGACUCUGAGGAAGACUCAAGUUCAGAUGAGGAGGAAGACGAGGUGAAGAAACCUGCAGCAAAGACUCCUCCUGCCAAACCUGCUGCUGCUAAAGCUGCUGCUACGAAAGCUGCUGCCAGGAAAGCUGCUGCUACGAAAGCUGCUGCUAAAAAGGAUUCCUCCUCUUCCUCAGAGGAUUCCAGCUCAGAGGAGGAACAGAAGGCGGUUAAAAAACCAGCAGCCAAAGCUCCUCCUGCAAAAACCGCUGCAGCAAAGAAAGACAAGACCUCGAGCUCAGAAAGCAGCUCUGAAGAUGAGGCUCCAGCAAAGCCGCCCACUAAGGCCGUGAUGCCGAAGGCCCGUCUUGCUGCCUCUAAACCCCCCGUCAAGGCAGCAGAGACGAGCUCAGACUCAGAGGAUUCCUCUGACGAAGAAGACAAACCCCCAAAAUCUAAGCCAGCUACUAAAGCAGCUGCUACUGCCCCAAAACCUGCUGCCCCAAAAUCCGCUGCCCCAGCUGCAAAGCCUGCUGCGGCAGCAGACAGCAGCUCCGACUCUGACUCCUCCUCUGAAGAUGAGCCGGCGAAGACCAAACAAACAACCCCUAAAGUGGCAACACCAGCUCCAAAAGCUUCAACUCCCGCAGCCAAAUCUGCAGCAGCAGCAGAGAGCAGCUCAGACUCUGACUCAUCAGACGAAGAAGAAGAGCCAGCUAAGGCGAAGCCAGCGUCAAAACCUGCAACACCUGCAGCCAAGACAGCUACCCCAGCCUCAAAGCCUGCAGGAAAACCUGCAGCUGAAAGCAGUUCUGACUCUGACUCUUCUGAAGAUGAAGAACCAGCCAAGGCUAAACCAACAGCAACAAAAGCACCUACUUCAGCCUCGAAGCCUGCAGCUAAAACUGCAGCUGGAGGAUCAAAACCUGCAACACCUGCAGGAAAACCUGCAGCAGAAAGCAGUUCUGACUCUGACUCUUCUUCUGAAGAUGAAGAACCAGCCAAGGCUAAACUUACAGCAACUAAGACAUCUACUCCAGCCUCAAAGCCUGCUGCUAAAACUGCAGCUGGAGCAUUGAAGCCUGCAACACCUGCAGCUGAAAGCAGUUCUGACUCUGACUCUUCUGAAGAUGAAGAACCAGCCAAGGCUAAACCAACAACAACAAAAGCACCUACUUCAGCCUCGAAGCCUGCAGCUAAAACUGGAGCUGGAGCAUCGAAGCCUGCAACACCUGCAGGAAAACCUGCAGCAUCCUCUGAAAGCAGCUCUGACUCUUCCUCUGAAGACGAAGAAGCAGCUAAACCCAAAAUUGCAGUGACCAAAGCAGCAACCCCGGCUUCAAAGGCUGUGACUCCUGCAGCAAAAACUAGUAAAACAAAGAGCAGCUCAGAGUCUGACAGCUCAGAGUCAUCAGAGGAUGAAGUAGCCAAGAAACCAGCCUCCAAACCUGCUGCCACUGGGAAGGCCUCCAAACCUGCUGCCACUGGGAAGGCCUCCAAACCUGCUGCAACUGGGAAGGCCACCAAACCUGCUGCAGCGAAAAAGGCAGAAGAGAGCAGCUCUGACUCUUCAGAUAGCUCUGACUCAGAAGAAGAGGCCUCUCCUGCUAAACCUGCAGCCACCAACGGCAAAGCUGCGACUCCUAAAGCUGCGACUCCUAAAGCAGCGACUCCUAAAGCUGCGACUCCUAAAGCUGCGACUCCUAAAGCUGCGACUCCUAAAGCAGCAGCAACUGUGGCGAAGGCAGCUGGUAAGCCUGCCGAGUCUUCGUCCAGUGACAGCAGCUCUGAGGAGGAAGCAGUUAGUAAACCUAGUCAAGUUAAAGCUGCUGCUGCACCAAAGAGCAAGACGACGGCGGCAGCCAAAGCCAAGGAGAGCAGCAGCUCCUCAGACAGUUCCUCAGAAGACGAAGCUCCGCGGAAAGCAGCCACGACUCCCCCCACUCCCACAGCCAACAAUACAAAUGGAAAGAGGAAACAUGAUGAAGAGUCAUCAGAAAGCGAAGAGGAGGAAGAGGCAUCUGCAAAGACGCCAAAAAAUAAGAAAGUAACGACCACACCGCAGACUUUCCCCAAAGCCAACAAGAAGUCCUCCAAUGUACCGUUUCGUAGAAUAGUCGAAGAACAUGUAGAAGUCGAUCCCCGACUGGCAGAUAACUCCUUUGAAGCUAAGCAUGGAGCCAAUGGGGACUGGGGACAGAGAGCUAAUGAGACUCUCAAGUUUACCAAAGGAAAGUCAUUCCGCCACGAAAAGACAAAAAAGAAGAGAGGGAGCUACCGCGGCGGAGCCAUUUCCACCUCAGUCAACUCCAUCAAGUUUGACAGUGAUUGAUCUCUCUUAAUCCAGCUGAAACCCAGCUGUGUGCUCAGGAAUCUCUUGUUUGGUCCCUCAGCCCUUUGAGACGGUCUGAUGAGCAUCACCUGAGCAACUGAGCCCAGUUGGCACUUACUGUACUCAUCUACCUUUGGUCUUUGAUCUGAUUCAAGGUGUGAUAUUACUUAUGGCCACUAGGUGGCUGCAGGCCACCAAUUGAUGGUACAGAGCUGACAGUUAUGUUAACCUGCCCCUCUGUCUCAAACGAUUCGUGUCCUGUAACUUUCAUUCUAUAUAUUUAAUUGUCAAUGAUCUCUCAGUGAAUGACAGCCAUCCAACCUAUCAGGCUCAGUAUGUGGUUAUUUUUUUUGGUAAUGGAUCUGAGGUAUAGUUAAAUUUAGAUUUGGAGCAGGGAGUGUCUGGGCUUUUCCCCUCUUACAAUCACAGUAAACAUUAAAGUUUUAUACUGUAUUUAUAGUAAAAUUUUAUUCCAUGUGGGAUUAUUAGAGCCAUCAAUUUCUGCUCCAUGCUUUUUCUAGAGGAACUUUUGUUUGGAUCCUGUUUGUUUUGAUGAGAGGAUGCUCGUUAACCCUCCAUUUUGUUCAUUAGUGAUAAUGAAUUCCUAGUAAAGUUGAGAUCCAUCUUUUCAGUGUAAUGUUGGCGCUUCUAUGUUUA